AUGAAGCACUGUAAAGAAUGGGCGGUCAAAAGCGACCCGGCAUCCGACAGCUUCCUGACAUUGUUCCUGGUAGUACUCACCUUGACUGCACUGACGCUCGCAGCGGCCAUCAAGGCCAUACGCACGAAUCAUCUGCACACCCUCCUCAAGAAUGCUGGGGUCGCGGGUCACAAGGUUGCGAAGACUGCGUGGGAGAUCGACAGGAAGCGGUUCAAGCUGACUGGAUUGGGGAUUCCGAUGGUCCACCAGACGUUGCGAUUCGCUGGCUUCUCAAAUAAUGUAUGUAUCGGCUUGUGCUGGGCGUUCGCGAUUUCGUGGACAUUAUGCGACCUCAUGCGCAUCCACGUGCCGCCUUUUCGACGAAUUCUAGACUGGGUCUUCAAGGAAAUCCUCCGGAAGGACGAGCAAUACCAGCUGUCGGGUGCGAGUUGGUUUUUAUUGGGUUGUGCACUGACUAUCCACCUAUUCAGCCCUGUCAUCGCGACUGCUUCCAUCGUUUUCCUCGUGAUGGGCGUUCUGUGUUCGGCCCUGAUCACGCGAUCAUUCGGAAACAGCUUAGUCACAGUGGGCGCAGGGGCGGAAGGCCACAAGUCGAUAGAGGGUUGUGCCACCAUGUUUGUCGUCUGCUUCCUGCUCGGGUGCGGCAUCUUCCACCAGUCCUACCUGCGCGAGUACCCCGUCUUCAUCGCCGCGCUUGUGGCCACCCUGGCCGAGUACUACGAGCCGCUGGGGAUCAGCUACAAUGUGAGCAUACCCGUGCUGACCGCCGUGGCCCUCACGCUGGGCUUCGAGCGCACGAUCUCCUGCGGCGCGGCCGUCGUGGUCGAGGGCGCGGCUCGGGCCGGGUGA